GGUGUCAUAAUUGAGCAGAAGUUGAGGAAGAAAGUCUCGAAAUUCCAGACGCCAAUGCUUUCUUUGGGUUGAAAGAAUGAAUCAUCUUAUGAUCUUUCUCUCCUCUUUCUAUUCACAUACAUGGAAAAAAAUGCAGUUGCUUCAGUUAUUGGCUCAGAUUCUGGUUUCUUUGUUUCUGUUGGCUGAUCAUGUUCCUCAUGCUUCAGCUGAAAGAAGUACGUAUAUUGUACAUAUGGACAAAUCUUUCAUGCCUUUGGCAUUUUCUAGCCACCAUUACUGGUAUUCUUCCGUGCUUCAAUCUGCAAAAUCAGUAGCUCAGACAUCACUUGAUCGAGACAACCUGGAACCGAAGCUCGUCUAUACUUAUGACAAUGCCUUUCAUGGAUUCAGUGCAGUCAUGUCCAAACCGGAACUGGAAGCCGUGCAGAAGUCUCCAGGGUUCCUGUCAGCUUACCCUGACGGGGUUGUAAUACCAGACACCACCCACACCUAUAAAUUCCUCUCGUUGAAUACAGCAACAGGGCUCUGGCCAGCAUCUCAGUACGGAAAAGAUGUGAUCAUCGGAGUUGUUGAUACUGGAGUGUUGCCCGAGAGCCUGAGUUUUAAAGAUGAUGGUAUGACUGCAAUUCCAGCAAGGUGGAGGGGAAUUUGCCAGGAAGGUGAAGGAUUCAAUUCGUCAUUGUGCAACAAGAAGCUGAUUGGAGUUAGGUACUUCAAUGAGGGAGUCCGAGCGGCGAAUCCUGGAGUUAAGAUUUUUCCGAACUCUGCCAGGGACGAAACUGGUCACGGCACGCAUGUUGCGGCCACAGCUGCUGGAAACUAUGUUGACGGUGUCUCGUUUUUCGGCUAUGCACCUGGAACGGCCAGAGGGGUUGCCCCGCGAGCUUGUCUGGCAGUAUAUAAGGUACUCUGGCUUGAAGGAAGCUUUGAGUCUGAUGCACUAGCAGGUAUUGAUCAGGCUGUGGCCGACGGAGUUGAUAUACUGUCGAUUUCUCUAAGUUAUCGCAGGAGAGAUUUGUAUGAGAAUCCCAUUGCAAUAGCCGGGUUUGGUGCCAGAGAAAAGGGAAUCCUUGUUUCUGUCUCGGCUGGGAAUCGCGGCCCGGGGUUUGCAACUCUGCUCGAGGGCAUCCCGUGGGCCUUCGUAGUUGCAGCAGGGACUGUUGAUCGGUGGUUCGCUGGCACUUUGACGCUCGGGAACGGUAAAACAAUCACUGGAUGGGCUAUGUUGCCUGCAAAAGCGAUAGUCAGAGACUUCCCUAUUGUUUACAACGAGACGUUAUCUGCCUGCAACUCAACAGAAUUACUGGCAGAAGCCCCUCAUAGCAGUAUUAUUAUAUGCAACCUAACUGAUCAUCUUAGUUUCUUGUUUCUGAUGAAUGAUUUAGCAACAACAUAUAUCCCAGGAGUCAUCGCCAUUUCUGAAGAUCCAAGUAUAUUAGAGACUUCCACCAACUUUCGUCACCCUGCAGUCGUAAUUACGCCCUCAGAAGCACGAGAGGUGAUUGAUUACGCAACAAAUAGCGAUACACCAACAGCAUCCAUUGAUUUCCAGCAAACAGUUCUUGGGACAGAACCGAGAGCUGCUCCGGCCCUGGCAAGUUUUUCAUCCAGAGGCCCCGGCCAGGGCUAUCCUGGAAUCUUGAAACCAGACAUAAUGGCACCUGGAGUUUUGGUCUUAGCAGCACACAGUCCUUACUCUUCCCGAGCGAGUAUCGGGACCAACAUACAGCUGUCAAGCGACUAUAAUCUCUUGUCCGGCACAUCAAUGGCUUGCCCUCAUAUCUCUGGAAUUGCUGCUCUUCUAAAAGCUGCUCAUCCCGAGUGGAGCCCUGCGGCUAUCCAAUCUGCCAUGAUGACCACUGCAAAUCCACUCGAUAACGCUAAUCAACCGAUCAAGGAUAUGGGCUUUGGCUAUCAGGUGGCCACUCCUUUAGGCAUUGGAGCAGGGCAAGUUGAUCCAAACCGUGCGCUCGAUCCAGGCCUCAUUUACGAUGCCACCAUGCAGGACUACGUCGAUCUUGUUUGUUCCAUGAAUUUCACAACUGCACAAACUCAAACCAUCCUAAGAUCAAGCUACAACUGCUCCACUCCAUCCUCUGACUUAAACUACCCAUCUUUUAUUGUUCUGUAUGAAACUCAAGAAACAACAACAACGUCAACAAGGAAAUUCAGGCGUACACUCACAAAUGUAGGGAACGGACCGGCUGCAUACAAAGUCAAGGUGGAAGAACCAAAUGGUUCCACUAUCGCCGUUUCACCCCAGACUUUAAUGUUCACAAGGAAAGACGAGAAGCAGAGCUAUUCAUUGACUAUUCGUUACACGAUUAGCAGUGAGUUUGUCCUCGCUCCUGGUUCAAUCACUUGGAUAGAAGAGAAUGGCAACCACACAGUGAGGAGUCCCAUUGUGGUGUCUACUCACUAAUAAUGACUAGUUUCUUCAGUAGAACUCUGAAUAUCUCCAGGGAUCACUCUUCUAAAUGCUCAUGUCUGUGAGCUAAUUCUGUCAGCAUCAUCAUCUGACCAGCCAAUUCUUCCAACUCUAUAAUGUUUAGUCAAUAAUAAUUAUCAUAUGAGGAAAAGAAUUGUGUGAACUAUGUCAAAGUUCAAACAAAUCCUUCUGAUGUGAUUAGUCCUGUGGCAGUGUUUUGGGAAUCUUGGCAGGAAAAAAAUAGAUCAACUUUGCUAGCA